UUGAGUGUCACGAUGUGUGUUCAUUUGCAGCCGAUGAUGGCUAAGAGGCUCAUGCCACUCCUUCAUUCCCUUCCCUCGCCGACAUUGGCUAUAAAAAGCAUUACCCGUCCCUUAGAGGCACAGUCAGAUUCCUUUUGUGAGAGCGUGUGUCGGGUGUCAAGGAAACACCAUGCUUAGGUGUUUAAUGUGUGCAUGGCAGUUACGGAUGAGGGAGGGAAGGAGAGAAAGGUGGAAACCGGCUUUAUUUGAGCCGCGGCUCUCCAGGCCGCGGGUGAUCACAGGGCGAGCUGCAUUCUUCAGGGUUGCGCCAGCCUCUACCUGCUGCCGCGCUGCCGGUGUUGCGUCGUUCUUCUCCACCGCCAGUUAAACGGUGCCUGUCUGUUUAGUGGCUCUGUCUGUAUCCAUUUCACAUAAUGUCUUCAUAUUUUGGGUACAGUGGUUUUUGUAAUGCGUCGUCCGUUUGUCUACUUUGUGUCGUGAUGCAUGGUAUGUUUUUGGGUUGUUUUCUGUCUGGAUAUUGGGUUGUCGGGCGUUACGCUAACCCGCUGCCCGCGUGUGUUCCUUUCUUUCCUGGCCGCCCCACUUUCAAGGGGCGGGGCGGUUGUUUAACCGGGUUAAGGGCUUAGGGCAUGUGAGCGCCGCAACCGGCACGGCACGGCGCGUGAAGAAAUGGGUGCAUGUCUGGGAUGUGCUGGGAGCCUCUCGGGAUAUAUUAUAUAUGUGUGUGUGUGUGUGUGUGUGCGCGGCGACGGCGGCUUAGGAGCCAAGCCCGGUGCUGGCCUCUUGAGGCCGGCGCACAUGCCGGUGCCUGGCUACCUCGGCAUGCUGUCCUCGAUAAGUUUUGAGUGGUGUGCGUUGCGGCGUGAGCUGUUGCGGGGCCAUUUUAGAGCGCCCUUUUUUGCCGCUGUGCGUGAUGGUGAUGAUGGUUGUGAUGGUGAUGAUGGUUGUGGAUUUUUAAAAUACGGAUCUUUUCCCUCAUCGCGCAUCUGUCUCUUCUGCCUGUCAGUCGGUCGAUCGGUGUGCGUGUCUCGCUUGGUGUCAUCGUAUGCUCUUAAGGGGUUGUGGCUAGGCGUGGCGAGAUACUUCUUUUCUUCAACGAUGCCAUGGCGCGAGAUGAUUUGUGGCUGGCGCCUGGUUGCGGCGCAGCAUGUUUGCGCGGGUGCGUUGCUGCACUCGGGGUCUGGAGGGGAUGAAGUUUUUCACGAGUGGACGGACUGGCGGUGGUGUGUUGGUCAUGGAGACCGUAACGGUGGGCUGGCAAAUGAACGAGCGCAACGUCUACUGGAACGAUGACCUUAAAACUCGUCUCAUCAAGCGCAUCGCCAGUGAUGAGCUGGGCAUUAGCGAUGAGGACAUGGACGAGCGGCUACAGCAGCUAGGAGCUCUACUGCCGGGUUUACAGUCCAGGUUGGCCAAGGUAUCGUGGGGGUCGGCACCUCCCAAGCUAGUGGCUCGUCUGGCAGCAAAUACGGGCGAGGUGGCGCAGCGGCUGCUAAGACUGAAAAUAACCUUUCCACAGGCCAACCUAUCCACCAUGGUGGGCAACCGGCUUAGUCUGUUGCUGGAUGACGAGAUGGGCCAGGUGGAGGCGGCUGCGGAGAGGCUGAGGGAGCUGCUGCCCGGAAUACAUUUGGACCGUUUUGUGGAGACCUUUCCGCUGGUGCUGGACGUGGAGUGCUUCGAAAUGGCUCUGGAGGACGCGCGGAGGAUCCUGCCCGGGACAGAUGUGACGGCCAUGCUGCGUUCCAACCCCGACAUCAUCUUGUCACUGGUCAAGGGCAAGAAUCUGAUCCCGUACGACCAGAUCUCCAACCCGUGGACGUAGAUAUGUCCACGAGGGGAAGGAGCCCUGUUAAGAGGGGACACCCGGGGCCCCUACACUUCGCAGUAAUAGUCCUGCCCGCUUCCCGGCUGCGCGACCAGUGUGCUGCUGCCAGUGCCUGCCUUCGUGCGGUCUCCUUGCUGCUCAAGCGCUACUUCUCCUCCCUCCCCCCACACCCCCCGGGGGUUGAGGCAAGAGAUGGCUCCUUCUGCCCCCCUCUUUAUAGGCUCAAACCAACGAUUUGUUGGCUAUUUGGUUCAGUUGUUAGUUGGUUAGUUUGCUUCCGUAUAUCGAACCAAUAUCGUGUUGGUCAUGGUGGUAAUGGUAGUUAGUGGUGGUGGCAUGUGCGCUCCGGCCCCCGAGCGUCCGCAUGCAUGGAUUCUCGUCUGU